AUGGAGUCUUCCCAAGUUGUUAAUGCUGAGAAGUGGAGUGGCAAUGGUGAGUCUGGGUGGACAAUGUACAUUGCCUCCUCCAUUCAUGGUGAAAGACAUGGUGUUUAUUCCAGUACCCAUGAUGCAACCAAAGAAAAUAAGGUGAGUGUUGAGCACAAAGACGACGGUGAAGAGAGUGAUGAUUCCAUGGCUUCGGAUGCCUCCUCUGGCCCAAGUCACACUGAGAGAAGUCGCAGCGCAACUCGUCUCAGGCAUGCAGAAAAGGAAGGGAAUGUCAAGAAACACAGCACAAAGAAGAAGAAGAAGAAGAAUGAAAUUACAAUGAUCAAAGGAGAGAAAGCUGAGCAGGAAAUAUUGCUGCACAAGGCAGAUAGUGCUGCUAGUCACAUUUGA